AGGUGACGUCAGUCCAGCCCUCCAGUCCAGCUGGGGGCGUCACACUUUCUCAUACUCUGUGUGACUCGCGACUGCUCAGUCUAAAGAAGAGGAGGACUGUUUAAUUUCUCGCCCCCUGGUUGCGAAGCGCGUCCGUCACAAAUCGCUGGUUUGACGGCGGGCUCAUGUCGAAGGACGGCCGGUACGAGGGGCGCCGUCGCGGCGGGGCUCAGCACCUCCGGCUCGGGCUGAGGUCGGCUCAGAGCGGGGACGCCAGAGACAGAUCGGCCAGCAACAGCUCUGGAUCAUCUCAUGGAGGAGGGAAGAGCAGGAAUACGCCCAUCAACAUCGCCCUAAAGGCCUCUUUCCCGCGGUCCAACAGCCAUGACAAGGUGAGGAAGAUCGUGGCCGAGGAAGGCCGGGCUGCUCGAAACCUCAUCGCAUGGAGCGUCCCAGUCGAGAGCAAGGAGGAAGAGGCUAAGUUGAAGAAUCACGGAAAUGGCAAUGCAAGAGCUCAACGAAUCAACUCUGGGCUCCACAGGAACAAAAAACAGAACUUAUCACUGGACUGCAAAAACCCACCUGUGGCGAUACUGGACAAAGGUCCUGAGAAGAGCCCCACCAAAACUAGACAGCCACGGAAGGUGGACCUCCGAGCGCGAUACUGGGCCUUUCUUUUCGAUAAUCUCCGGAGAGCAGUGGAUGAGAUCUACGUCACCUGUGAAUCCGACCAGAGCGUGGUGGAGUGCAGGGAGGUGCUGAUGAUGUUGGAUAACUACGUCCGCGAUUUCAAAGCUCUAAUUGACUGGAUCCAACUACAGGAGAAGCUGGAAAAAACAGACGCUCAGAACAGGCCUACGUCUUUGGCUUGGGAAGUUCGAAAGAUGUCACCAGGGCGACAUGUAAUGUCCAGCCCCUCGUCAGACCGUAUUGUUCCAUCACCUGGCGUUCGCCGUGCACUCAACUUUGGUGGUCCCCCUCCCACUUUGGCUGUGGCACGUCUCUCGCACAGUGGACCAAGCUGGGCUGACCGAGUCAAGUGUUCCCAGUCACUUCCUGUCUCCAGCCCAAGUGUCAACAUCCCUGCUGAAAAACCAGCAAAGAAAGAUGCAGAGGGCUGGGAGACCGUGCAGCGUGGGCGCUCCAUGAGGCCACGCUCCAUCACCAUGGUGGCUAAGGUAAGCCCUGUUCUGGCCCAUGUCAGCCCCAAAGAUGACAGUGACAAGGAGAACCAGCGCCUCCAGCCAUCACCUCAGGAAAAAUCUCAGGAGGUGAUGGAACAAGAGCAACCUCUACCCCAAGAGCAGAGACAAGAGACGGAAAAGACCCCCGUCAUCGAGUCCCCAGCAGAAAGUAUUGAAGAGCCAGGGCAGAGUGUCAGCGAACCCUCUGAGGACACGCCACCCCCCACCUCUGACCCCAUGCCACCCCCUACCUCUCCGCCUUCGCAAGCCCAGUGCCCGGAAUGGGAUUUCGAUCCAGGUCCUCCUUCUGUAACCCUUUCCCAAACAGAGGAGCCAGGUACUGGGCAAGCCAAAGUAGAGCAGGGGAUGGAUGGGUCGGUGUGGAAGGUCGCGGCACCGUCAGAAAAGGUGGAGGCAGCAGUCUACGUUCCCCUGGCAGCGAUGACACUGGAGAGCAUGCUGGACCCCACAGAACUUUCCACCCCCCAAUCCAUGGCUGAAGUUUUGGCUAAGAAGGAAGAGCUGGCUGACCGCCUGGAAAAAGCUAACGAAGAGGCGAUUGCAAGUGCCAUCGCUGAGGAGGAACAGCUGACGCGUGAGAUCCAAGCAGAGAACAACGAACUGGAGACCGAGAGCGACUUCUCUGCAGGUAUCGGGAGUGGCGGUUGUGGCUUGAAUUUAGACUGGAGUGAGAUGCUAGCUGAUUAUGAGGCUCGAGAGCCUUGGCGUCAGAAUACCUCCUGGGGUGACAUCGUGGAGGAGGAGCCGGCCCGCCCGCCCGGUCACGGCAUUCACAUGCACGAGAAACUGUCCUCUCCUUCACGCAAACGAACCAUUGCAGAGUCCAAGAAGAAACAUGAAGAGAAGCAACUCAAAGCCCAGCAGCUCCGAGACAAACUAAGAGAGGAGAAGACCCACAAGCUGCAGAAACUGUUGGAAAGGGAAAAGGAGGUGAGGAAGUGGAAAGAGGAGCUGUUGGAUCAGAGGAGGAAGAUGAUGGAGGAGAAGCUGCUUCAUGCUGAAUUCAAGCGAGAGCUUCAACUCCAGGCCAUCGUGAAGAAAGCGCAGGAAGAGGAGGCCAAGGUGAAUGAGAUCGCAUUCAUCAACACUCUAGAAGCCCAAAACAAGAGACACGAUGUUCUGGCUAAACUAAACGAAUAUGAGCAACGGCUUAAUGAGCUGCAGGAGGAACGCCAGCGGAGACAGGAAGAGAAGCAAGCGAGGGAUGAAGCCGUUCAGGAGCGUAAGCGGGCCUUGGAGGCGGAGCGGCAGGCGCGGGUGGAGGAGCUUCUGAUGAAGAGACGGGAACAAGAGGCCAGAAUUGAACAACAGCGACAGGAGAAGGAGAGGGCGAGGGAAGACGCAGCGCGGGAGAGAGCCAGGGACCGUGAGGAGCGUUUGGCUGCUCUCAGUGCGGCUCAGCAGGAAGCCAUGGAGGAACUACAGAAGAAAAUCCAGAUGAAGCAUGACGAGAGCAGCCGUCGACACAUGGAGCAGAUGGAGCAGAGGAAAGAAAAGGCCGCUGAGCUGAGCAGCGGAAGACAUGCCAACACGGACUACGCCCCCAAACUCACCCCUUAUGAACGGAAGAAGCAAUGCUCACUCUGUAACGUUGUGAUCACCUCUGAGGUCCACCUGUUCAGUCACAUUAAGGGGAAGAGGCACCAGCAGGCAGUGCGGGACAGCAGCAGCAUUCAAGGGCGGGAGCUGUCCGAUGAGGAGGUGGAACACCUGUCUCUAAAAAAGUACAUCGUAGACAUCAUGACUGACAGCAGCGUGCCCUCCGACAGUGCAAAAGAGGGAGAAGAGAGGCAGAAAGCUCGGAAAAAGGCCAAGAAACUGCGGGCACGCAUGAACUCAAGGGCUAAGGAGUAUGAGACAUGCAUGGAAGCCAAGACCCAGAGCCCUGACUCUCCUUACAAGGCAAAGCUUCAGCGUCUAGUAAAGGAUCUAGUAAAGCAGCAGCAGGGGCAGGACAGUGGCCAGUGGGCCAGUAACAAAGUGUCUGGCCUGGACAGAACCCUGGGAGAAAUCUCCCGCAUUCUGGAGAAACAGGUUUGUACAUAUAUCUCAUAA